UUCCGGUCUUCCGGUCUUUCUAAACGGCAUGGCGAACUUCAAGCAUGCAGAAGACGACCCAAAACACGUGAAUAUGUCCGGUGAAAUAACCGCCGCCAGUGCGGAAGCCCAACCGACAGAAGAGUCCUUCGUACCGGGCAGACACGCGGGCGACGUCGCGUGCUCUGUUCCGUCGUUCGCAGCCGCCUCCGAGCUGCUGUCAGCGCCGUACUCGUGUCUGGUCAGGAACACGCACCGGAGACACGUCGCCCUGCCGCCCAUUUACCUGAACAAGAAGAGGACCGGUAUACAGGAGGAGCUGGAGGCCGAGCUGCUCAAGUUCUCCCGAAGUCUAAAGGGAGUACCCCUCGCUUAUGAAAACAUCAGUAUAGUGGGUCAGCAUGGAAACAUCUACGACGACAGCGGCUACAUCCACAUGGACAUCGAGGCCAACUUUAUUGUUUUUCAGCCCGAAAAAGGACAGAAACUGCUGGGUGAAGUGAAUAAACUAGGAGUGAGCCAUGUGGGCUGCCUGGUGCACGGCUGCUUCAACGCCAGCAUCCCCAAACCCAACCUGGUGUCUGUGGAGACCUGGCGGGACGCGGGGCCGAGAAUCGGAGCAGAGAUUGAGUUCGAGGUGACUGCUCUUGACGCUGACACUGCGGGGGUGCUGCUGAUCAGAGGGAGGCUGGACAGGACCAGGGUGCAAGAGCUGCUGGCUUUGGGUGAGAGCUCGGAGUCGGGCGUCGCUGCAGACCAGCCAGAACCACUAGAGGCAGAACCGAACCCAGAACCCACCAAGGAGUCUCCUGAAGACACCCCCAAGAAGAAGAAAAAAAAGAAGAGAGACAAAGUCAGAGGGGAGGAGGUGACAAUUACACCUUCCUGCCGAGUGGAUGGCAGCACAAAGCCAGAGCUGAACGGAACAAUCAUUGAAGAAAAUGGCAAUGAAGCUGUUGAGAAAAAGAAGAAGAAGAAGAAACAUGUGAAAGAAGAGGAGGUGGUGGUUGAGCUCUCUACCGUGGAGGUCCAUGGCAGUGACUCCAGCGGUUACCUCAGUGACAAACCAAGCAAAAAGAGGAGACACGAUACUGGUUCAGAUGUUACAUCUAGUGUUAGUGAAGUUCCCGAACCCCCAAAGUCCAAGAAGAAGAGGAAAAGUGACAUUUAGCAGCUAAAAUAUAUAUUCUGUUUGGAAAUUGGUUCAGUUGUGUGUGAGAUUCAAAGGUGAUACAACAGUAAUGACAACAAUGGCUCUGGAGGAAUAUACAGACGUGCCUUAACAAUUACACACCUUUUUUUUUUUUUUUUAGCAAGCCGGAUUUCUGGUGGGUUCUUCUGAGCUCCUCUGAAAUCAUUUGAUCGGAGGGUCAGGCUUGCAGAAGAAGCCUUUUUACGGUCUCAUGUUGUAGCUGGUGGGGAAAGCACAUGAAGGGAUGGAAGCAGACUCAACAGAUCGGCCCUCGUUGUAUUGCAACUCUCUCACACAGCCUGUGGGGGGAGCAAAACUUCUUCAAAGACACUAAAACACAGGAGAGAAACCUGGUCAACCUCGUAUGUUAAACAAUGUGCUGAGAGUAAGUAGGCCAGGGUUUAGCAUUGAGUUUAGAGGCAAAUGGGAAAUGCUUAAGUUGAUGUUACUGCUCUGUAUCCACGUGCAUUUUCUCCUGCUUGUAUACCGAAGAAGGAAGGCUGGACAAUGAGCUCAGGUUAAGAAACUUCUCUUUUCUCGGGUGCCUUUUUGAAAAGGUUGUCUUGACUAUUAGCUGCAAUGGAAGGGGGAUGUUUUUCACUCCCAAGUAAAUCAUGGAAGGAAUUAGUCGGAACUUAUUUGUGCUGUCUUCCUUCAGUGUUGCAUUGACUGUUUUGACAUGAAGGCGGGUUGUCUGUCUUUGAAUGAAAACCAACAGAAGUGGACAUUAAAUAUUCAGUUCUUAUCCCAAUUAAAGCGCUCUAUAUUUUUUAAAAGUUGACCCUGCUUCCAUUUUUCAUUCAGAAUCUUUUUAAAUGCCCAUGAUUCUUGAUUGUUUAUUCAAAAUAACUGAAGACAAAGUAGGUCUGCAAACAUCUCCACUUUAUAAAUCUACAACAUUGUGGCAUUUGUUAGAAGAAAUUAUCCCUGACGAUGAUUAUUAAUACAAAUAUUUCCUGUUUUUCGUGGCAUAUAACAAACUCUUUCGUGCUGGCCAGUUGGUGUCAGGUGAUAAAGUGCUGAGAGACGGUCUAAAGAUCUUAGUGUUUUCUUUGCCCCCCCACACACACACACACACACACACACGGAGCCUUCAGUGGGGAGUCUCAUUAGAUGUAAGGUGCUAAGAGUUGGGGAGCUUAUCGGGAGCCUCCUAAGGAGGACAGAUAAGGAGCUGCAAUUAACAUGGCUCAUCUUCAUCUUUCACACCUGAUCGUGUACAUAUGUGCCUUACAAUUUAAAACCUUAAAUAAUGACUUGACAUAACUGCAGACUUAAGAGCUUAUAGUAAGUUGAGAAACCCACAAGUAUUUAUUUAAUUAGAUUAAGUGUUGGAUGUGAAGAUAUCACAUGUCUGUACAGUAAAUGUGAAGCUGCAGCUGCUUAGCUCAGCAUAAAGACCAGAAACAGCAACUUGGCUCUGUCCAAUGUUUAAUAAAUAUGCCUACUAGCACCUCUAAAGCUAGCUAAUUGACACAUUAUAAGUGCUGUUGUCUACUGGACUAACUUCCUGGAGUCUCUGCUGGCCUACAAACUCAUCACAGCCAAGAAACUGUUUAUAUUUUUAUGGUUAAAACAUGAGUGGUAUCAAACGUCUCAUCUAACUCAUAAUCAAGAAAGCAUGUCGCUCCCUUUUAAUAGAUUGCCAAUAUUUACAUCUGCAUUAUUACCAAAGUAUUUUUACCACUUUGCAACCCAAAAGUUGUUCCUAUGCCGUAUCGCCAAUCUUUAAUAGUAAAUGACUUAUUCACCAUUUAUAAAGGCAUCGUUACAAACUAUAAAUACUUCAUAAAGUGGUGCUGAAAUAACAUUUGAGCUCUUAAUGAACUUCCACAUACACCAAAUAAAUAAAAGCUCAUGUU